GUCUCAAUAAAGAAUGUUGCCUUUGAUAAAGAGUGUGGUAGUAACUUGCUGAGUGCAUACUACCUUGCUACACAAGGAUACCGGCAUAUUCAGGCGAAGACGGGCGAAUACCUGUACUUCCUGGAUAGUAAUAAUCGAUUCGUGUUUGCUGCUGUAGCAAUCGAUGAGGUGUACUAUCUCCCAAAUAUUAUGUCCGGUGAGAUAAUCGAUGGGGCACUGCGCCUGGCAAGGAAGGAUAUGACAAAAGUUAACUUUAUUUGUCGUACAUGCGCUUUAGCAAAAUCAAGGAGAAUGUCUUACCAGAAUAUGAUAGGCACAAAGGCAACCCUGCCUCUCCACAAACUUCAUCUCGACUCACUGGAAAAAAUGAAACAUGAGGGGUUAUAUGGUACGGCAGGGUUUCAGUACGCAUUAUCAGUGGUGGACGAUGCUACCGCUUAUAAGUGGUAG